AUCGUCUCGAAAGAAUCUUGAACCCUUUCGCCCACUCCCUCUUCGCCUCCGCUCUCCUUCCCAACCCAACCCAAGGCGAGAUCUCGCCGCCGCCGCCAUUCCCCAAAUCCGCCGGGGAAGUGCAAAACCCCCAGCCCGAGCCCACCGCCCGAUCCCGCGGAAUCUGCACCGAAUUCGCUCGGUGGAUGCGUCGGGGCUCGAGGCGGAGUGCCCCCCGCGCCCGAGAAUUUUCAAAUCUGAGCUCGCCGCUGCGGUUGGCGGACGCCGGCAUUCCCCGGGUUUGACGCCCCGGAUCCGGCCGGGGGGAUGGCGACGGCGGUGUCGAAGUCGGCGGCUAAGCCGCAUCCCAGGUCGCCCACCACCGCGCAGCCGCCGAACAACGGUUCAGCUGGCGCGGGGGUGGGGGUUGGGGUUGGGGCGGGGGGAGGUGGUGGGCCGGUGGCUGCGGGUGGCGUCGGGGCGACGCCGUCGAAGAACGCGGCGAUGGCGGAGCUCAAGUCGCGGGUGCUCGGGGCGCUCGCGAAGCUCUCCGACCGGGACACGCACCACAUCGCCGUCGAGGACCUCGACCGCAUCAUCCGCUCGCUGCCGUCGCCCGACGCCGUGCCCAUGCUGGUGCACGCGCUGACGUCGGACUCCCCGGGGCUCGCGUCCCCCGCGCGGCGGGAGUCGAUGCGCCUCCUCGCCACGCUCUGCGCGGCGCACCCCGACGCCGCCGCGCCGCACCUGCAGAAGGUGAUGGCUCACCUCUCCCGGAGGCUCAAGGACACGAACUCAGACACGUCCGUGCGGGACGCAUGCCGCGACACUGUCGGGCAGCUCUCGGCGGUGUACCUCCGACCCCUGGCUGCUUCAUCUGCCGCGGAAGCUGGCAAUGCGACCGUCACACUGUUCGUGAAGCCACUGUUCGAGGUGAUGGGUGAGCAGAGCAAGGCAGUGCAAGGCGGGGCGGCGGCCUGCCUGGCAAAGACGGUAGAGGGUGCGGGGCCUGGACCUGGGGUGGUAGGGAUGUUUGGCAAGAUUGGUCCGAGGGUUUGCAAAUUGCUUGGUGGACAGGGAGUACAGGCUAAAGGUGCACUUCUCACCAUCAUCGGGAGCUUGUCUCAGGUUGGAGCAAUCAGUCCUCAGAAUAUGCCUCAGACAUUGCAAAGCAUUCGUGACUGUCUCGAAAACAGUGAUUGGGCUACUAGAAAAGCUGCAGCGGAUACAUUGUGUGUCCUGGCCACAUAUUCAGGCCGCUUGAUAGGUGAUGGAACAGCUCCAACCAUAGCAGCCCUCGAAGCUUGCCGUUUUGAUAAGGUAAAACCCGUCAGAGAUAGCAUGGCAGAUGCAGUGCAGCUAUGGAAAAAAUUGGCAGGAGAUGAUUCAAAUGAUGGUAAAUCAGCUGAUGGUGAAGGUAAACUGGACUCCAAAAGAUCAAUGCAAAGCUUGGAUUCACCUAAUAACAAUGACAAAAUGAAGGGCAGUAGCAUAGCUGAAAAAGCAGCAGUUCUCUUAAAGAAAAGGCCUACAUUGACUGACAGAGAAUUGAACCCUGAAUUUUUUCAAAAGCUCGAGACAAGAAUCACAGAUGAAUUAGCUGUUGAGGUAGUUGUACCCCGCAAGACUUUGCAAUCUCAUUUACAAAGUGAAGAGGAACCAGAAGAUGCAGAUGGGGAUCCUGUUGGUCCAGCUAACAGCAAUGGAUCAGCAGAUGAUGAAGCAAAUUUGACUCAACUGCGUACUAGCUCAAAUUUUCAAAAUAUUCGAGAUAGAUGGGCUGGCCAGAGAGGAAACAGAAACAAAGAUGCAAAGGUUAGGACAUCUGAUGUUGACGAUAGGAAUGAAUCUGGUGCAAAAGAUUCUGCUUCAGCAGCAAUGAAUGUUCCUGGAGAAGGGCCUUCCUUAAAUAAUAAAACAAACUGGUUGGCGAUACAGAGACAGUUGUCUCACUUGGAGAGACAGCAGACUAGUCUAAUGAAUAUGCUGCAGGAUUUCAUGGGAGGAUCUCAUGACAGCAUGGUUACUUUAGAGAACAGAGUACGUGGUCUUGAGAGAGUUGUUGAGGAAAUGGCCAGAGAUAUAUCUCUGUCAUCAGGCCGGAGAGGUGGUGGUUCCAUGCUGGGCUUUGAUUCAUCUCCUGGUAGAUCAUCUAUGAAAUACAAUGGUUUUCACGAAUAUUCUAAUUCAAAAUUUGGGAGGGAUCGUGAUGGCCGGAUGGGAUUUGCAGAAAGGUACUUUUCUGGAGAUGGUAUGGCUUCUGGUGUAAGAAGCUCUGAACCAUGGGACUCAUAUGCUUAUUCUGGAUCAAGAAGUAGUAUGAAUGCCAGGAGAGGAUUGGAUUCUGUUUCAUCUGACAACAGGGUGCCUAGAAAUGAACGUGGAAAUGAUCAAGCAGGACCUAGGCGAGGUUGGGAGAAAGGACAGGGGCCAUUUAGGUUUGGGGAGGGUCCUUCUGCUCGAAGUGCAUGGCGAGCCUCAAAAGAUGAAGCAACAUUGGAAGCUAUUAGGGUUGCUGGCGAAGAUAAUGGAGCUUCAAGGGCUGCUGCAAGAGUUGCUAUCCCUGAAUUGGAUGGAGAAACUUUGAAUGAUGACAAUCAAGGGGAUGAAAGAGGACCAAUUUGGGAGUCUUGGACUCGUGCAAUGGAUGCGGUACAUGUUGGUGAUAUGGAUUCAGCUUAUGCUGAGGUUCUUUCAACUGGAGAUGCUGAAUUACUGGUAAAAUUAAUGGAACAAACUGGACCAGUUGUUGAUCAACUUUCAAAUGAGGUUGCGAAUGAAGUCUUACAUGCUGUUGGACAAUUUCUUGUGGAAGAAAGCUUCUAUGAUAUAGCUUUGAGUUGGCUUCAGCAGUUGACUGAUCUGGUAAUGGAAAAUGGGUCUGGUUAUCUUGGAAUCCCACUGGAUGCGAAGAACGACCUCUUGCUGGGACUACACGAAGCUACCGCCAUCGAGCUGCCUGAAGAUUGGGAGGGGGCGACGCCUGUUCAGAUAAUGAAGCAGCUAGCUUCAUCAUGGCGGAUUGAUCUGCAGCAGCUUAUCAGUUAGUGCCAUGGGUUGCUUACAUGAGUUAAUUUCAUUUGUUCAUUGCCACCUAUUUUUUCUCUUUAUAUAUCUUGCUAUUAGGGGUAUAAGUAUUAGGUUUGACAGAACCUCGGAGUGGAGCUGUGUUGACAUGGAUUGGUGUUGUAUGUGGGGGGGGGGGGGGUGAUAUGAUGUUGAUAUUGUUUAUUACCUGUGUCGGCUUUCCUAUUUAUAAUGUUAUUAAUUUCAUUUUGCAAUUUCUUUCACCGACUCAAUUCGCAGUUCUAUUAUGUAUCUUGAUUUCUUGUAUUCUUUAGAGACUGGGUGGGUUGAUUGAUAAACGUAGAGGAUCGAGAAGGACGCAUCGCUUUGCUUUUCGUCUUGCUGCCCUCUAUUGGAGCGGGCCUCUCCAACUUAAUGCAGAUUGACAAUAAUUUGUUCGAGAAGAUGAGAGUUUCUCCCAGAUGACGGUAUCUACUCUUUAGACCAAUUUGAAGAUGCAAAUCUGAAGCCCAUGAUGAAUCUUGCUUGAACAUUAUAAGAGCACUAAACUUCAUUCUGUAGUGAGAUAUUUCUCCAGGGUUCUCAGGCAAUUUCUUGUUACAUUGUCUGAUUGUGAAUUUGUGAUGUGAACUCGGUACCUAAUGCAGCAACAGAACUUCAUCCGUGUCCACAACCUCAUCGUCCCCUUGUACUACUAGCUGACUGAUGUGACUCGGUACCUAACGC